AUGGCAGCAAUAGAAUUACCUUACUACGGCUAUGAAUAUCCUCUUCGUGAGGAAAUCAAGGCAAAAGAGAAUAUUCCUUCCACGGAAACAUUUGAUGAGCCUGAACAUUAUAAAAACCUGCAAAAAGAAAUAAGUGACUACAAGCGAGGAAAAAUUGUUCAAGGCAUCAAAGAAGAAAUCAAAGAUUUUUUAAAAGCUCAAUUGGAUACUUUUAAACACAAUUUACAGGAAGAUCAAAGUGAGCUUGUUGAAUUGGAUUGGCGAUAUAAUUAUUUCGAGAGAAGAAUAUAUUUAGAUAAGAAAAAACAACGCGAACAACAUAUCACAUGGUUACGAAUCCAAAUAAAAGGCAGGGAACAAAGAAUUGCUCAACUGAGAGGGCAAGUUUGGGCUGAAACAGAGUUAAUAGAAAAACUGAAAAAACUGAGAAAAGAAAAAGGGGAACUUCAAGAAAAUUUAUUUACUUUCCAAGAAAAAUCUCGUCUCGAUAGCCACGAAAUUGAGAGGCUAGGACGAAAAGUUAUAAAGCUUGAAGAGGAGAAUGAAUUUCUUCGAGAGCAGUUAGAAGAGAUACAAAUUAAAGAAGCUACCUUGGAAGAAAAAAUUCAAUUAAAAAAAAAUAUGUUAACAAGGUUAAAAACUGCUAUGGAAAAUAAAUUAGAGUCUGAUAGUCAAAGAGCUUUUCUUGAUACUCUUCUAAAUUCUCAGGAACAGCUUGUCCGUUUAGAAGAUGCCCCGUCUUCAAUUUGUUCACUCAGCGAACGGCAACUGGAAAAAGCGAAACAGAAACUAAAUGAAAAUUUGACUGGCAAAGAAGUUAGUAGACUUUGUAGAUCAAAUUAUAACAAUAAUAAUAGUGGUAGCAGUAGUCGUAGUAGUAGUAGGACUACAGUAAGUGAUUUAACCUUAAACAAUGAAUUAUUUAAAAAAUUUCUUGGGCCAACUAAUGUGAAGAAUGCAGCUGAAAGAAUAAGACAAAAAAGAAUUAGAUUGGAAAAAAAAUUAUCUAAAGUUAGAAGUAAACAACAACAACAACAAAAUAAAAGAGAGAAGAAUAAUAAAUCUAGUUUUUCUGCAAGAUUAAGAUCAAAAUUGAAAAAUGACGAAGAUAAUAAUAAUAAUAAUAUUGUUAUUGAUGAUAGUAGUGGUAAUAAUAAUAAUGUUGUUAGUACUGCUUCUAUAAAUUAUAGAAGAGAUAAAAGUUAUAAUAAUCAAGAUGUAAGAAAUGAUAUUAGUAUAAGUGAUAGUAGAAGUGGAAGAGUUGUUGGUGGUAGUAAUAGUAGUAAUAUGCAAAAUUUUGAUAAUGAAAUCAAAGAUGUAAAGAUUACUCUCGACAAUUUAUUAGAUGGAAGUCUUAAUAAACAAUUAUAUGGAAAUUCUAAUAAUUCUAAUAAUAAUAAUUAUAAUAACAAUUACAAUAACAAUUAUAAUAACAAUUAUAAUAAUAAUUAUAAUAACAAUUAUAAUAAUAAUUAUAAUAAUAAUUAUAAUAAUCAUCAAAAGUAUGAAAGAUUUAAUACCAAAGGGGAGAGAAAAGAGAAUGUAAUUUAUCAAAAUGGUGAGAGAGGAGUAGUAGUGAAAAGUGAGAGAAGUAGUGAAAUGAGAGAGAGAAGUAGUGAAAUGAGUGAGAGAAGUGAAAGAAGUGAGAGGAUAGGAAGGAGUGAAAGAAGUGAGAGGAUAGGAAGGAAUGAGAGAAGUGAGAGGAUAGGAAGGAAUGAGAGAAGUGAGAGGAUAGGAAGGAAUGAGAGAAGUAAGAGAAGCGAAAGAAUAGAGCAGAGUAUGGAUGAAAGGAUAGGUAGGAAUGAUAGAAAUUACAUGAGUUAUAAUAAUAACAAUGAACAUUCACUGUUACCUUCAGACUUAUCUUCCUCUGAAGAGAACAACAACUUACCAGAAAAUAAUCAAAAGAUAAAAAAAAUUAAUAAAUAUAAAGAACAAACUCUAAAUCAAUUAAUGUUAUCCCGAUCUUCCACAUUAAGUAAAAGAGCUUUCUUAUUACAUUUAAUAACCAAACGAAAAUUACCUCGAGAAUAUAAUAAAAAAUCAUUAUUUGAUAAUAGAGUAAAAACUAUUGAUCAUAAAAAAGUAUUGGAAAAUUUAGAAAAUCUCUCACCUAAUAAGAAAUAUGAUGCAAAUUGGAGAGAAAAAGAACGUUUACCUGGUUGGUUAAAACAUAAAUUUGCCAUAAUGGAAAGAACUGAAUUUAAACAAUGGAAACCUACGAAAAAAUUAUCGAGAGAAUAUAUGGAUCAACUUAGAGCUUUGCAUAAUCAGUCACCUGAAGAAUAUACUCCAACAGCAUUAGCUCAACAAUUUAAAAUAUCACCAGAAGCAGUUCGUCGUAUAUUAAAAUCAAAAUGGGUUCCUGAUCCCAAGAGAGCAGAAAAACAAAAACAAAAGUUUACUGAAAAAAUAGAAAAGAUUAAAGCCGAAAAGAAAAUAAAACAAAGAAUUGAGAAAGAAUUAAAACGAUUAAAAUUAAAGAAAUUAGAAUUAUUUGAUGAAACUCAAUAUCUUAAGAAGAAUGAUAUUAAUGCUACUAGAAGAAAGAAUCAAAGAUCUAGACGAAGAUUUGUAUAA